UCCACCAGCCGUUCCUCGUCCUCUCCCCCCUCUCCCGACCGGAGAGAAGCGGGCCGCCGCCAUGGCGUCGUCGUCGGCGGACUCGUCGCCCAUGAGAUGGGGCCUCAAGGAGCAGCGCAGCGUCUACCUCCGCUGGUUCUACCUCGCCGACGACGACGCGGACGGGCGCCUGACGGGGAAGGACGCGCUCAAGUUCUUCGCCAUGUCCAAGCUCUCCAGGGACGACCUCAAGCAGGUCUGGGCAAUUGCUGAUUCGAAACGGCAGGGUUAUCUUGGAUUCGCGGAGUUUAUGACCGCGAUGCAGCUGGUUUCUCUGGCACAGGCAGGGCAAGACAUCAGUCAAGAUACCCUUGCACAUGCAGAUCUGGGGAGUUUGCAGCCUCCGACAAUGGAAGGUCUGGAAAAGAAACUAAAAAAGAGUUCUACACACAAGAGCACCUCCGAUCUCGCUGCGUACCAUCCAAUCCAAUCGCCUAUGUCAGCUAACUGGUUUAACUCCAAGUCGGGAAAGAAGAUAGCUAUGAAAUCAGUUACCUCGAUAAUCGAUGGACUAAAGAAAGCAUACAUUGAGAAGUUGAGGCCUCUAGAAAAAACUUACCAAUAUAGUGACUUUGUUUCACCCUUGCUGACUAGCAGCGAUUUCGAUGCGAAGCCAAUGAUCAUGUUAUUGGGUCAAUACUCUACUGGAAAAACCACAUUCAUAAAGCAUUUACUGAAGACAAGUUAUCCAGGUGCUCAUAUUGGUCCAGAGCCAACGACCGACAGAUUUGUUGUUAUUACUACUGGGCCAGAUGAAAGAUGCAUCCCUGGGAACACAAUUGCCGUGCAGGCUGACAUGCCAUACAGCGGCUUGUCGGCGUUCGGAACGGCGUUUUUGUCCAAGUUUGAGUGUUCUCAGAUGCCUCAUCCAUUACUGGAUCACAUUACCUUCGUGGACACACCUGGAGUUCUAUCAGGGGAGAAGCAGAGAACACAGCGCAGCUAUGAUUUCACCGGGGUAACAUCGUGGUUCGCGUCCAAGUGUGACCUGAUCCUUCUCCUGUUCGAUCCCCAUAAGCUCGACAUCAGCGACGAGUUCAAGCGUGUGAUUGGGUCGCUGCGCGGGCACGAUGACAAGAUACGGAUUGUUCUGAACAAAGCAGACCAAGUUGACGCGCAACAGCUGAUGCGGGUCUACGGAGCACUCCUGUGGUCGCUGGGGAAGGUCCUCAACACGCCCGAGGUCAUGCGUGUCUACAUAGGAUCGUUUAACGACAAGCCGAUCCGGGAGACGGCGGCGGGGCCGCUGGGGACGGAGCUGUUCGAGAGGGAGCAGGAGGACCUGCUGUCGGACCUGAACGACAUCCCGAAGAAGGCGUGCGACCGGCGGAUCAACGAGUUCGUGAAGCGGGCGAGGUCGGCCAAGGUGCAUGCGCACAUCGUGGGGCACCUCAAGAACAAUAUGCCGGCGCUGAUGGGGAAGGCCAAGGCGCAGCAGAAGCUGCUGGAGACGCUGGACGAGCAGUUCGCCAAGGUGCAGAAGGAGAUGCACCUGCCGGCGGGCGACUUCCCCGGCGUCGACGAGUACCGGGACGCGCUCAGCGCCUACAACUUCGACCGCUUCGAGCGGCUCCGGCCCAAGAUGGUCAAGGACGUCGACGACAUGCUCGCCUACGACAUCCCCGACCUGCUCAAGCAGUUCAGGAACCCCUACGACUAAGUGAGCUUGAACAACGAAUGCGGCGAAACGAGUAGUACAAGUUUGUCAGCGGUCAUUGAACUUAAGGUGUAUGUAUGUUAACUUUGGUCACCACACUUCAACUGUGUACUGUAAAAGCAUCAAUCAAUGGAUAUUUACA